CAAUUAUCCUUUUUUUCUAAACGUAGAACACACAAACCGGUUAAGUGGCUUUAAUUUUUCCCAACUGUUUUUUCAGAGAUAAACAUGAACACAAACCGUGACAACAAAUCGUGAGUUUUUGAUACCGUAAUUUAUCUGAUCAAAAGUAAAACAAACCCAUAGGAAAACAAUGUAUCAAAAAUGGUAAUGAUAUAAGCAAAGGGAAGAAACAAUAAGAAGAAGAAGAAGAAGAAGAAGGGUAUGGAAGAGGGUCGUAGAGGAUCAUCUUCAACACCACAGUCUCGUAAGAUCAUGGUGAUCGCUGAUCCGACACGUGAAUCUGCAGCAGCUCUUCAAUACGCUCUUUCACACGCCGUGCUCGAGCAAGACGAGCUUAUUCUUGUACAUAUUGAAAACUCUGGUGGUUCUUGGAAAAAUGCUUUCUCAAGUUUUUUGAGAUUACCAAGCUCAAUCUCUUCCUCUAGCAGCGGCUCCUCUCCCGCUUCUAACGGUACCACAACCGCUUCUAACGCCGCAGCAAACGCCUUAGCCUCGGAGAUUGGUCAAGGAGAUGGUAACUUCUUGGAACAAAUGAAACGAAUAUGUGAAAUCGCUCAGCCAAAGGUGCGUGUACACACCGAGUGUAUAGCUAUAGAUGGCGUCAAAGCUACAGCGAUUCUUCUUCAUGGUGACAAGCUUGGCGUUGAUGUUAUAAUCAUAGGCCAACGCCGGACUAUCUCAUCCUCCCUUCUAGGAACUAGGAGGCCUGGAGGGUCACUAAGAGGUUCCAAAGGAGUAGACACAGCGGAAUAUUUAAUCGAGAACAGCAAAUGCACUUGUGUUGGUGUAACGAAGAAAGGUCAAAAUGGAGGAUAUGUUUUAAACACAAAGACACAUAAGAACUUCUGGCUCUUGGCAUGAUUAUAUGCAUUGCUCCUAGUCAGUUUUAAAUGCUUUCGGGUAGUAUAAAUUAAAAGAGAACAUGUUGUGACAAAGCAUAAGAAGAAAUCUAAAGGUUACCUCCACUCAUUGAUCUUCACUUGUUUUUUUUUUCGUCAUCUCUAAAUUCUAGCAAUCAAGUGUUCUUUUAUAUGUUAUUUUUCCCCUUCCAACAUGAAAAUGUGGGAAUCAGCUGACACCAAUGGAAAUAAAUGGAUGUAUAAGAAUAUAGAGAGGUGC